UCUUUCUUUCUCUCUGUGCUUCUGUUAUGAAGGGAUGGGGCUCCUCACACCCAGAGACGGUAGCCAGGACACUCUGUGGGUUAUUUCUUCCAACGUCCUUGCUUUGGCCCUGUGGUCCGAAAAGGGUUCUUCUUAGCCUGAUCCCUCUCCUCACCAAGACGGGGGAGGCUGGAGUGGCUGGAAAGUGUUUCACACCAGGGAGAAGCAGCCAUGGGGAAUGACAGCUUUUCCCACCCGUUCAUCUCCAAAUCAAGGCCAAACGCCGUUUAAAUCCAUCCCUCAGCUAAGAGCAAGGUCGGUGCGGUGGUAGCGAGGAAGUAACCGACCUCGGUUCUCCCCGGUGUGUUUCCGUGGGAAAGACCCCCCCUUAUCCUGAAGGAGAUCCCGAACCGCCUUCGCUGGGACUAACCACUGCGGCGGCGCUGCCCCAGAGGGCGCUGCGGCGGGGCCGGGCCGGGCCGGGCCGGGCCUGGCCGAGGUAAGGGGGGUCCGGGCUGUGGAGCGAGACCCGCGGGGUGCAGGGCGGGCGCCAGCAGCGCCCCGGGCCGUAACGUCGUUCCCGGCGCCAGGCGUGGCCGCUACCAUCGCGUCCUUCCCGCUGUCCCGGGGAACUCCACGAAGGCAAAGGCAUUCUCCCUCUGACAGUUUCAUUCAAGAACCCAGAAUGUGGAGGGCGGUGGCUAACGUCCUGCUGAGGACCAAAGUCCCCAGGGGCAGGGCGUGCUCCCUGCCGCCGGCGCACAAGGGCAGGACUCUGCUCGCCGGGACCACUCGGCAUCGCGCUGCUCCGGGGCUCCGUGCUGCCUGGCCGCUCAGCAUGAGUCCAGGGAUACGGAAGGUGGAAGCUUUGGAUGCAGGUCACUUGGUCCGUGUGGAGUGGGAGGAUGGGAGCGAGAGCCGCUACCCCUGCGUGUGGCUGAGAGACAACUGCCAGUGCCCCCACUGCUUCCUGCACUCAGCCAGGGCGCGCAAGCUGCUCUUUGAGGACCUGGACGUGAACAUCGUGGUAAAGGAAGUCUCUCUGGCAGAUAGGAAAAAGAUCUCUAUUACAUGGCCCGAUGAACAUGCAAGCGAAUAUGGAGCUGAGUGGUUGAAAAAACGAUGCUUCUCUGAAGAAGCCAGGGCAGAAAUGCGAGAAGCUUUAUUUUUACCAGAACAUCAGUACUGGGGCUCAGACCUGCAACUUCCCAAAAUGCCUUUUGAAGAAAUCAUGUACAACGAUGAAAGUGCCUACAAGUGGCUCUGCACCCUGAAGAAAGUAGGAAUCGUGAUACUAACAGGAGCUGCUGCUAGGCAGGGAGAGUUGAUUAAACUUGGCCACAGGAUUGGGUUUCUGCGUCUCACUUUUUAUGGACCAACUUGGCAAGUGCAAGACAAAGCAGAUGCUAACAAUGUAGCUUAUACAACCGGGAAACUAUGUUUUCACACUGAUUACCCUGUUCUGCAGCAUCCACCUGGGGUUCAGUUUCUCCACUGUAUAAAACAAACAGCCACAGGAGGUGAAACUGAAGUUGUAGAUGGAUUUCAUGCAUGCAAUAAGUUGAAGGAAAAAAAUCCUCAGGCAUACCAGGUCCUGUCCUCUAUUGCUGUAGACUAUACAGAUGUUGGGAGGGACUACUGUGAUUUUGCUGUGCAAUGUAAACAAAGGAUUAUAGACGUGGAUUCCAGAGGCCAAGCAGUUCGCAUCAAUUAUAAUAAUGCAACAAGAGACACAGUGUUUGACAUAACAGCUGAAAAAGUGAGGCCGUUUUAUGCAGCUCUAAAGGAAUUCAAUGAUUUAUUAAACAGUGCAGAACUCAAGUUUACUCACAAGCUGAAACCAGGAGACAUAAUGACAUUUGAUAACUGGCGUGUGCUUCAUGGUCGCCAAAGCUACCCAUCGGGUUCAGGAGUGACUCGUCACCUGGAAGGUGCCUAUGCAGACUGGGAUGUGGUCAUGUCAAGGCUCCGGCUCCUAAGGAAGAAGAUACUGAACAGGGACUGAGCUUUCUUCUAACUAGAAUGAGCAAAACGUAGAUUGUUUAAUCUCAAUAAUGGCAAAAAAAACCCCAAUAAAAAUUGUGUUGUUUUUUCAGAGGCUAACAUCACAAAUGUAUUUUUAAAUUCCAUAAGAAACCUGUUGUUCAUAAAAAUUUAAGACUUAUCUGUGUCUCUGAACCCAUAAAAUGCAUUGCUACCUCUGUCAGUUUAUUUGCAUUUUAAAACCAAUGUACAAAAUGGCUUGAAAGAUUAUCACUUUACUGGGCUGACUGGGUAUCCCAAUGCCUUCCGUGGCCUUUACAGAUAUACCUGCCCACCCUAGGAUGCUUGGGAGGCAGCAUCAAAAAAGAGCUUAAAGUAUUACCUACUAAAGGUUUGUUAUCAACAUCAUCUUCCUUUAUUUUCAGAGAGGCAUUCUUUAUUGCAUAAAUCAUAACUAAAAUUCAUUAUCAAAACUAACAACCUUUGCUGUGGAGUUAAUUCCAUAUACACACUUUUCUAGGUAGAACUAGAAAUGCUCAGAAAUGAUUGAUAUAUACCAGAGAAUGUGUCGUAUUAAUUUUCCUCAGCAUUAGGAAUACAAAUAAAUCUCAGUGUAGAGGUUGCAGAUAGGGUCAGAAAUCCCAUCAGGCGCUGUGCACAGACAUAAUUAAGAUGUGCAGGGCAGGCAGACUUUUGAGUAAAUUCAAGAGGAGGAAUACUGCUUGGCAGCUAUAAACCACAGAGCACAAGAGGUGGUUAUUGACUCAAUACUUGACAGAGAAGUGGUGACUGAACUCAGACCUGGUUUUGUUGCACCAAAAACAAGAGCAUGCCUCUGACAGUCUUGGUCUGCAGGAUGUUUUCCUCUCGGUUGUAUUCUGAAGAGAGAUGAUUACACUAUGUAAAAAUUACUGAAGCUGAAGUAGUGGGGUUUUUUCCCCCACUAUUCAGAUUCCAAAUUUAAAGAGAAAUAAUUAAAACCCACUUGUUCUUAUACAAAACAAUAUGUCCCUGAGUUUACUUGUCACUGUCCCUAUAGCUGUGGAGUUAACAGGACAGCAUCACACUGUGCUGUGACCCUGACAAAAUAACCACAUCUCCACCCUCAGAUCUGCUCUGUCCAACCAUUUGUUUUCAAACUCUUCCUUGAAAGUCAAAUAAAUACUAGUUUAUUCCUAGUAGGCUAAAACAAUAGGACUGUAACUACUGAAUUGAAACCUCAACAUAGCUGAGACCCUAACAUCAGCCUGCAAACACUUCAAUAGCUUCUACUCAUCAUUUACAGGCAAUGGAUAUCCCAGCUGAAUAAUCAAAUAAAACUAAAUAAGACUUUGGUCAUGAGCUAGCAUAGGGCAUUCAAAUCUAUUCCUCUCUAUAGUGAAUAGUGAAAUGUUUUUAUCAAAGUUACAGCAUUAAGACAUAGCAUAACAAAACUGGCUUUUAGUGGCAAUUUGUUUGUGCCUUCUUUAAUAACUAAUUUUGGAAAUAUGAGAAAAGUAUUUUUUGCCUUUGCUAUCAAAGGGGGAAAAGAUGAGGAAAGGUUAAUAGCUAUAUUCUGUAAGACACCAGCACUACUGUGCUUCACUGUGGUAUUUUCCAUACAACAAUUGAGUGAAGAAUGCAAUUUGUAACUUCAAAACAAGACAUCUUGGGAUUUAUACCAAUGGUAAAUAGGGAAGAGAUAUUUUCUGCUUUUAUUCUGUACUUUUCCAAAAACUGUUUUAUUCACAUUUCUGCUUAUUAAAAACUAUUAUGGAACUGA